GAGACAUUCCAUGGCAUCCAUUUGAAUUAAUGAAUACCUUCUUGUCUGAUCGAGCUUUUUCCAGCGUGCAGCCUCCUCGUCGUAGCAGAAGCGGGAAUGGGGAAAGCAGGCAAAUGGCUGAGAAGCCUCUUGAUGGGGAAGACAUCGUCGGACGAGAAGAAAGAGAAGGCCGAGCACUCCCUGCCGCCGUGGCCGCAGCCGGUGGCGGCGGUUCCCAAGGAGAAGAAGCGGUGGAGUUUCCGGAGACCCACGCCCACCGGGAGCAGCAUAAGCAUGCCGGGCCACCGCCCGUCGGAGGCUGAGUCAGAACAGAGAAGGCAAGCCAUGGCGGUCGCGGUGGCCACGGCCGCCGCUGCGGAGGCUGCUGUUGCCGCGGCGCAGGCGGCAGCCGCGGUGGUGAGACUCACCUCCGGUUCCAACCGGCCAAAGGCCGAGGAACUCGCGGCCAUCAGGAUUCAAUCAGCCUUCCGUGGAUAUCUGGCAAGGAAAGCUCUAUGUGCAUUGAGAGGCUUGGUGAAGCUGCAAGCUCUAGUGAGAGGCCACUUGAUCCGAAAGCAAGCUGCUGCUGCUCUUCGAUGCAUGCAGGCUCUUGUCACAGCUCAAGAGCGAGCUCGACUGCAAAGGAUCCAAAUGGCAGAAGAUUCUCCGAUCAUCCAGCAGCGUAAAUCCAUCCACAGGAGAUCACCACAGCAUCCGAGAUGGCGACAGUCACACUCAAGUCCAAUUCAUGUUCUAGUAACAGAUGAAGACAUUGAAAAGUUGCAGUACAGCUUCAUGGACAGAAAUGCAGAGGAGGACAUCAAGAUUGUGGAGAUGGAUCUUGGGGUGUCGAGAGGCAGCACAAAGAGUAGAAACAGCUACUCGGUCACACAGAGCGAAACAAAACAGAAUGAACUCUCAGGAUACUAUGGCCAUGCCGGCACACCUUCGAGGGUCGAUCAGUACCCAGAGUUCUCACCUUGCACUAGAGCUUAUAGUGAACACUUUGAGGACUUUGCAUUUGCGAAGGCACAAAGUAGUCCACAUUACUUGUCCUCUAUUUCAGUACCUGAUGCAACAACACAUCCUUAUGACUGCCCCUUCUUUCCUAACUACAUGGCCAACACUGAAUCUUCAAGAGCAAAGGUAAGAUCUCAGAGUGCGCCGCGGCAGCGAACGGAUACUAUUGAGCGGCAAAUGAGCAGGCGGAGACCGUCGGUGGAAGGAAGGAACAUUCCUAGAAGUAUGAAGAUGCAACGAUCGUCCUCCCAUGUCGGUAUGAUGGCCAGCGGGUACCAGUAUCCUUGGUCUAUCAAGUUAGAUAAGUCCAACAUGUCAUUUAAAGACAGCGAAUGUGGUUCAACAAGCACAGUGCUUACAAACACCAACUACUGAAGAUCACCGGUGGGAAUCGAGGUUAACAGAAACAAGCAUGACUAGCUAUUCUAACAGGAGUAUGCAGCAAAUGAAGCUGGAAGCCAUGCAAAUCUGGUAUCUGACUUUCAAUGUACAAUUGCCAUUGUCCUUGAAGUGUAAAUGUGAGUUUGUAUGAUCUAUAUUGUUCAUGCUAUUUCUGCUUAAAGUGGACUUUAAAUGUGUUGUAAUCAUGAUUUGGUUAAGGGAAAACAAGUACAAUUUCGCCCCUA